AUGGCGACUGAGGCAUCAUUUGAAUUGAGGUCCUUAAGACCUAAACAUACUUGUUCUCGAGUAUACAAGAACUCAAUCGUCAAUUCAAGAUGGAUAUCAGAUAAACUAUAUGAUAAGUUUAAAAUUCAGCCGGACAUGCCACUGCGAGUGAUACAAGAUGAAGUCAAGAGGAAAUGGAAUGUUGAAGUAAGUAGGAGUCAAAUGUAUAGAGGUAGGAAGAAGGCAGGGAAGAGGUUGUACAGUUGUUUAGGUGAGCAGUAUGGCAAGCUAUGGGAUUACUGUGAGACUUUAAGGCGUACUAACCCGGGCAGCUGUGUAAUGAUUAAGGUUGAAAAAACAAACCCUAAUUUGCCUACUAAGUUUCAUAGACUCUACAUGUCCCUUGCAGCCAUGAAGAAAUGGUUCUUGGAAGGUUGUAGGCCUGUCAUAGGCCUAGACGGGUGCUUUUUGAAAGGACCCUACAAGGGAAUACUAUUGGUUGUGGGGGUGGCCCUGAAGGAAUUGUUGUGGAAGGCAGCAUCGUCUUAUACUGAGGUCGACUUCAAAAUACAUAUGGAAGAAAUUAAGAGAAUCAGUCUUGAUGCCUUUGACUACCUAGACAAGGCUCGUGACAAGCCUAUUCUGACAAUACUUGAGAUGAUUAGGAAGCAGCUCAUGAGAAGAUACCAACUGAAAAUAGAUGGCAUCAGCAAAUUGAAAGGUAAGUUGUGCCCUAGAAUUGUUGAAAAGCUUGAAUCCGUUUGUGAAGCAGCAUCAGACUGCCUUUCCUGUUAUUCUGGCAAUGGUAUGUUUGAAGUGGAGCAAAGAAGUAGGCAAUAUGUUGUUGAUAUUCAGAAUAGGAAAUGUGGCUGUAGGAGGUGGCAAAUGACUGGGAUCCCAUGUACACAUGCACAUUCUGCCAUAACCUAUCAUGGACAUCACCCAGAGGAUUAUAUGGAUUCAUGUUAUAGCAUUGAGACGUACAAAAAGGCCUAUGCUCCACUCAUAUAUCCAAUGCCUAGUGAGGAACAAUGGAUAGGGACUGAGCAUGAUGUUUUGGAUCCGCCAAGAUCAAGAUUGAUGACAGGUAUACCUCGGAAGGUCAGAGUAAGAGGUCCUGAUGAGUCGAGAGUUCCUCAGAAUCCUUAUAGGAUGAGAAAGUUUGGAUUGAAGGGUAAUUGUGGGCUUUGCAAGGAAAGUGACCUUGUUGGACUUAGAUUGCCAAGCUGGAACAGGCAACCGACAGCACCCAGACCACCACCACCACCACCCAUGAGAGAGUCUAGUAGAAUCAAGAACAUGUUUCGGACAGUUCCAAUUAAUCCUCAACCUCCUGUUUUUAUUGACCUGACUGCUAGGUCUAUUGCUGCUAGAGAUACAUGA